AUGGCAUUCUGUGCCCCCAAACAACUUUCAUCCUGCCUGCCAAGCAUCGUCCCAAAAGUGAUCGAGGCUCUGUCCGACACCCACAUCAGCCGUGUUAUUCAGAAUCCGGAGAUCCAAGGUUGCUCAUUUCUUCAGUUGAUCGAUGUUUUUGUGUUCAGCGCCCUGUUUUCAGCGAUUGCCCCAAAUUUGCUACAAGCGAUCGAAAAUCCGGCUGACCGUACACCUGACUGUCUGCAAGUGCUGAUCCGCACCGAAUUUGUGCAUUAUAUCGAUGCCGCAUCGUUGGCCUUGCUGAUGCCGGUAAUGCAUCGCGCGUUUAGUGACCGUUCGAUGGAGACACGCAAGUUGGCGGCACAAAUUAUCGGAAAUAUAUACGCGCUGACUGAUCAAAAGGUAGCUUUUGUUAAGACUGAUCACAUGAUUGUGUCAUGUACCUGA